AUGCCGGACCAUUGGACUAAGUGGAAAUUGAACAAAAAGGAGGAGAAAGAAGUAGAGGAACACGAGAAGACGGUUUACGAUGGCAGCAUUGCUAUGGGGAACACCGUUGAGGAUGCCCAGAAAGCUGCGCGCGAGGCCAAACUGGCCAAGACCAAGGCCAUGAAGGAGCAGAAAAUGGCCCGAGCGGCCGCCAAGAAAUCUGGAACUGUUACCACUGUUGCCACUACUGCUGGGACCUACAUUGACAAGGACAGCCUGCCACCGGAGGCCAACACCAGCUACUACGAGAAGCUUAUGGACAGCAUGAAUGUCAUCCUAGCCAACCACAACUUCUGUGACAUCCAAACUGCAGAGGCGCUACCCAUUGUUGAUGGAGCUAAGACUUCAGGGGUGCAGGAACCCUUCAACAGCAAGGCGUGCGAGAUAGCCUUGCGCAAGGAGGGCACAUACCGCUGCGGGAUCAACCUUCUUUGGAUUGACCCGUUUGCAUCUAUCACACCUGCAGUCCCCCUAGACCAUUCCCGCGUCGUGGAGCUGGGGCAGUUCGCCUAUCCUGAUGGAAAAACUCCGAGACACCUCCAGGAGAACUUUCAUGUAGCCACCGAUGCUGCGGAUGUGGACCUUUUGGGGAAGCGUGGAAAGUGGCGAGGAAUCAGUCCUGAAGAGAUGCAGCACAGUCUCAUCUUUGCUUUGGCCAAGUGCAUUGAGGACAAGGUCCGUGCCUUCAAGGUGAAGAAGGAGAAGGAAACAGGAGAAUCCCUAUCCAUCAAGGAUAUCACGGACCUUUUCGGUGAAAAGAAAGACCUGAUGGCCAAAUCUACUCGUCAGGGUGACAUGGCCGACGGAUUUGUCAAGGAUUGCUUGUAUGUCUAUGACAAAAUGUUGUCCGACCCAGACUGCAAUCAAGUCCUUGAUCGCUUAGAAGCAUUGUUUGGCCUGGGUUCACCUUUAAAUUCGCUGAGCAAGCUUCGGGUCGUCAUUGAGAAGAGCGAGAACCUCGAGACAAGGCAAUGGGUCCUGCAGGUGCUCUGCGACAUGAUCGAAAAUGGGCAGCUGGACAAGGAUACCAUUAGCAAAGGAUAUUUGCAAGGGAGUGGCACCAGCGCAUCGCUGGUUGAACUGCUGAAGUUGAAGCGAAGCACUGUACAGCACUUUUUGCAGGUGGAACUGCCAAGGAACCAGUUCGACACGGAGGAUCUGAAGAUGAUCUAUGAGAAGAUCAUGACAGUGAAGAACUACAGGAAGUAUGUGAAUCCGAGCAAGACAACGGACAGCUCUGUCCUUGCAGAGGUUCAGUGGAUGUCUUCUUUGAAAGGCUCAAGCUUGCUGGUGCUACGGCUGAUGGAGGACGACAUUGACCUUCUCUACAGCGUGACUUUGAAUGGACCGCUGGUUGUGCUCUUGAAGAAGGGCAAAGGUGUGAGCCCGCUCGAACUUCUCGACAUUGAGACGUUCAAUGUCCGGUGGCAGCCCUGCUUGGCUGCCAAGAACAACGAGCUGGCGGCGGAGAAGGCAUUGUACCAACAGGAUGGCAAAAAUGCCAAAGAAGAUGUUUGCACCCAGAUCGCCGAGGGAAGCUUGGCGCCACAGCCAUCCAAGUACCCAAAAGGAUCUCGUGAGCAUUUUGUCGCUACCGCCGCGGAGCAGGUUCAGAUCUAUGUGAGCCUGGUCCCAGAGCCAGCCACAAUGGCAGGAGUAGCCAAGGUGGUGAAAGAAUCACAUGUUGCACAGCAUCUGGGUGCGCAGGGCAAAGGGUGCAUCAUGAUCCACUUUGAUGCGCAGCUUUUUGGUGAAUCCUUGAAGCGGCCAGACAGGCGGUUCCCGCCAUUGAGUCCUGCGCUUGUCAAGAAGCUUGUGCAUGGUGCUUUGAAAGGGCGGGGGCGCAGCCCCAACUCCAAGGUCGGUGAUGAUCACUACGACAAGCCAUUGGACGGUGACUAUGUGUUCCUGAACGAUGGUGGCCGCAAUGUGCUUGAGUCCCUGCUCUCUCCUUUCAAGGCCAAGGAGACGGGCAAAGCCUCCAUUGCCCACUACCUGGACACAACCGAAAUCACCCUUUGCCUGAGCAACUGCAUUGGUUGGAUUGGGCUACCACCUCCAGCUGAGGAGUGGAAAGAGCUCUAUGGAGCAAAGAUGGUCGGCUGCGAUGCCCCGACGAGCGAGGAGAAGGACAAAGAGGAGGUUCGCGAUGGGGGAGCUUAUGAGCCAGUCUUCUUCCACCACCUCCCGACAACCUUCUACCUGAACGCUUUGAAGGCCUAUGAGGUGCGAGCUGUGGUGGAUUUGACCACGGGAUGUGGCAGCCUUGCGAAAGCAGCGCUACUUCAGAGGAUCCCCUUCCUAGGCAUGACGCUGACUGAGUCCCAUGCCAGCCUUUUGAAGGCCGAGCUGGUGAAGUUCGUCAAGCAGAAGAUGACUGAAGAAGGGAGCACGUUCUACAGCCCAGAGUGGUGUGCACUUGCUGGUGCUGGCGACGCUGGUGGGGGUGAUCCAAAGCCAAAGCCCGGGCCGAAGGAGAAGGUAAAGCCUGAAGCCAAACCAAAGCCCGAAGCAAAGCCAAAACCCCGAGGCACUAAGAACAAGGGCUGCGGCGAGGAUCCCAAGCCGAACAAGAAACCCAAGACCGAUCUGAUUGAAUCAUCUGAGGCGGACAGCGAUGCUUCCGGCGAACGCUGCAGCUGA